UACGGUUUCCACUCCAGCCACCCAGACCACCUUUUUGGUUGGGCUUGGCGCCAUUCCAGGGUUCGGGGUGUUAGCUGUGCGUCUUAUUUGCGGCGAGAGCUACGCUAUUUGUUGAGCCACAAGUCAGAAUGUCGAUACUUCAGAUUCCCUAUCGGGAAGGCCGUGAUGGCUUCUGGGGAGAGCAAACAUCAACCUUGAACUGGUGUGAAGAGGAUUACAACAUCACAUACUAUUGCGCCGAGCUGGUCAACACAUUGACCAACUCGAUGUUUAUGUGGCUCGGAGUCAAGGGGUUACGCAAUGUCCUUGAGUUUAAGCAUUCGCCCAUUUUUAUCCUUGCCUAUGUUGGCUACCUGGUGGUUGGCCUCGGCUCCAUGGCGUUCCAUGCAACUCUUAAGUAUGAGAUGCAACUCGCUGAUGAGCUACCCAUGAUCUAUACCGUCUUUAUCAUGUGUUAUGCCACAUUCUCCUACAAGAGAUCCCCGAGGACCCAAUUACUGAUUGCCUCGAUCAUGGUUGGGCUUGGUCUCUUUAUCACUGUCUAUUAUCUUUAUGCGAAAAACCCAGUUUUCCAUCAGGUGGCAUUUGCCCUAAUCACAGCAACCACCAUCUUCCGCGGCUUCUACGUUAUGGAGUAUCAAUUGAGGCCGCAGCUUAGGGAGAGAAAUCCUACCGCGUGCAGCCGGAUUAUGCGCGAGAUGUGGACGUUGGCAUUGGUUUCCAUUGUCACCUUUGUCGGCGGUUUCUUUAUCUGGAACAUGGACAACAUCUUCUGCAGACAUCUCACCACCGCAAAGAACCAGCUGCAACUCCCCUGGUCGAUUGUACUUGAAGGUCAUGGAUGGUGGCAUAUCCUGACUGGCCUAGGUGCAUACGAAAUGAUUCUCUGGCGCAUCUGGCUGGUUCGUUGCCUCGGCGGUGAGGAGGAGAAAUUCAUGCUUGAUUGGCGGCCUUGGAGGUCUAUUCCUCAGGUCGUUCCCAGGACUCACAAGGGUGCAACCAAGAGCAGCUAAUAAUAUCCGGCAAGAGGGCAAGCGUCCUUAGAUAAUAGACUAAAAAUCGAUUUAAGAGGAUUAGCGAAGAUUGUAUGAUCAUCUUGUUGGUAGGAUAAUGGGACAAGGCACGGAUGUAGGCCGCUCCUGGCGAACCGAUCACGGUCACUUUUUUUUUUCAAGUAUAAGUCGAUCCGAGGGCAGAGAAGCAGUGAAACACUGAUAACUUCAAGUCGCUAUCAACACAGUUUUUAAGAAGAAAUUAAAUGAAGAGAGUGAGUAUCGGUGUAAUGGGUCGUAUCGC